AUGCUCCCGCUCCUGCUCCCCUCGCUCCUCGAGCUAAUUGUUUACUACCCGUCGAUUGCCACCGCACAAGGUACUGACGCCAUUUGCUCCGAAUCAUGGAGAUGGGCGAAUAAUGCUCUGGGCCAGAGCCCGUGCUUAGUGUCUUCUUGGCUCGAAACACCCUGCUGGGGAUCCUCUGAGAGCUUCAUCUACGGCGACGUCUCCGAAGCUUGGCCGUUUUGGGGACCAAGCGACCCGACGGAGUCCACGCCGUGUGAUUGCAACACCGUCCUCUACUCUGCUCUUCAAGCCUGCGCGCUUUGUCAGGGUUUACAAAAUUACUCAUGGUUUGAAUACAAUUUCGAGUGCGACUUUGCCAGUUCAAUUUUCCCUGAGCGCAUACCCAACGGUACCGUUGUACCGGACUGGGCGUAUAUGAAUAUCACGGCAUUGGGCACCUUUGACGUGGCUAGCGCCAUGAAGAUCGCGGCGACUGCCACUAGCAAGAUGCCAGCUUCGAUCACUUCGGCAAUUAGCUCGAGCUCGACAUCUGUGGGCACCGUUACGACGUCUCCUGGAACUUCUUCUGUGGCACGGCCGUCUGCGUCCCCUGCGACCGGAGGACAUGCUGUCACCCAACCGGACGGUUCCUUCGACCCCUUCUACCCCUCAAAUGUCAUCGUCAGGCCAUAUACUUAUCCCGAAAGCUCUUUGGGUCCUACCGUGGGGAGAUACGGCUACAACCUGAAGCCCGAGAUUCAUUAA